ACUAAUAAUUCGUCUAAGGUGAAUGUCAUCCCACCAAUGCUGACAAAUCCAAUAAUAACACCUUCCAACCUUGCUCACAAUGGCCGUGUGUGCAGCACAUGGGGCAACUUCCACUUCAAGACCUUUGACGGAGACAUCUUCCACUUCCCUGGGCUCUGUAAUUAUGUUUUUGCAUCGCAUUGCAAUGCUGCCUAUGAGGACUUCAACAUCCAGAUAAGGCGCACAGUGGUGGGAAAUACUCCAGCAAUCGAUCAUAUCACCAUGAAACUUGAAGGUGUGGUUGCUGAACUAACAAAGGAGGCUGUUACAGUCAACAGCAACAGGGUUCAACUACCAUACAGCCAAUCUGGAAUUACGAUAGAGAGAAGCAGCAUUUACAUGAAAGUAAUCAGCAAAAUAGGCAUUGUGUUGAUGUGGAAUGAAGAUGACAGUAUCCUGCUGGAAUUGAAUGAGAAAUAUGCCAAUCAGACGUGUGGGCUUUGUGGAGACUUCAAUGGCAUUCCAAUUUACAAUGAGUUCUAUUCAAACAAUGUUAAGAUAACAGCCUUACAGUUCGGGAAUAUGCAGAAAAUGGAUGGGCCAACAGAAAACUGUGAAGACCCUACUUCUUCCAUCCCAGAUAACUGCACUGAUAAUUUUGAUCACAUAUGCCAGAAAACAUUGACCAGCUCUGCAUUUUCAAAAUGUAAUGAACUAGUUGAUGUUGGCAAGUACAUUACAGCUUGCCAAGAAGACUUGUGCCGUUCUGAGGAGUCUAAGAAUGCCUCGUGUAUCUGUGAUACCUUUGCUGAAUACUCUCGGCAGUGUGCUCAUGCUGGUGGGGAGCCUUUGAACUGGAGAACCUCAAAACUAUGCCCCAAGACAUGUCCUCACAACAUGCAGUACCAGGAGUGUGGCUCCCCCUGCACUGACACAUGCACCAAUCUUGAACGAUCUCAGUUUUGUGAAGAGCACUGUAUGGAUGGUUGUUUCUGCCCGACAGGAACUGUGUUUGAUGACAUCAACAACUCUGGCUGCAUCCCCCUUCAGCAGUGCCCCUGUAUUUAUAAUGGCAACACCUAUGCUCCAGGAGCUUCUUUUUCAGCCCAGUGCCAUUCCUGUACCUGUAAUGGAGGUCAGUGGAGUUGCCAAGACCUGUCAUGCCCUGGAAUUUGUUCAGUGGAGGGAGGCUCACACAUAUCCUCAUACGAUAAAAAACAUUACAGUGUCUAUGGAGACUGCACUUACGUCCUCUCUAAGCACUGUGAAGAUGACACAUUCACCAUCCUGGGAGAACUACGCAAGUGUGGCAUGACAGACACUGAGACAUGCUUAAAGACAGUGGCCCUCAGCAUGAAUAAAGGACAAACUCUCAUCGUGGUCAAACCUGAUGGUGGCGUCUUUGUGAACUCGAUCUACACUCAGCUGCCUUUCUCAGCAGCUAAUGUCACCAUCUUCAGACCUUCAUCAUUCUUCAUCAUGCUACAGACAAAUUUUGGCCUCCAGCUUGAAAUCCAAAUCACACCCAUCAUGCAAGUGUUUGUGCGACUUGAUCCUAUUUUCAAAGACCGGACCUGUGGUCUCUGUGGAAAUUUCAAUGAUGUUCAAGCUGAUGACUUCAAGGCCAUGAGUGGAGUAGUUGAAGGAACGGCGGCAGCAUUUGCUAAUACAUGGAAAACUCAGGCUUCAUGCCCUAAUAUCCAAAAUAGUUUUGAGAACCCUUGUGCACUCAGCAUUGAAAAUGAAAAGUAUGCUCAGCAUUGGUGUGGACUCCUAACCAACAGCAAAGGACCUUUUGCUGAUUGCCACUAUGCAGUGAAUCCCUCAAUUUACCAUACGAACUGCAUGUUUGACACAUGUAACUGUGAAAAGAGUGAGGACUGUCUGUGUGCAGCUCUGUCUUCCUAUGUGAGAGCAUGUGCUGCAAAAGGAAUCCAGCUGAGCGGAUGGAGAACUAAUGUCUGUUCAAAAUACACCACCUUGUGUCCCAAAUCCCUAAAUUACAGCUACACCAUCCAUUCCUGUCAACCCACUUGCCGGUCUCUGAGUGAGCCUGAUGUCACAUGCAACAUCAAGUUUGUCCCAGUUGAUGGUUGCACCUGCAUAAACGGAACCUACAUGGAUGAUAGUGGCAAAUGUGUGCCUGCUAAUACAUGCCCCUGUUACUACAGAGGAUCUCCCAUACCGUCUGGGGAAGCUGUCCAUGAAAAUGGGCUUGUAUGCACUUGCAUCCAGGGCAGACUGAACUGCAUUGGAGCACCAAAUCCAAAUCCAGUUUGUGAAUCUCCCAUGGUCUACUUUGACUGUAGAAACAUCACUGCAGGAACCACUGGAGCAGAGUGUCAAAAAAGUUGCCAUACUCUGGAUAUGCAGUGUUAUAGCACCCAAUGUGUAUCUGGCUGUGUUUGCCCAGCUGGGCUUGUGUUAGAUGGGAAAGGCAGUUGUAUUACUGAAGAGGAAUGUCCAUGUAUUCACAAUGAAGUCAUGUAUCAGCCUGGGGAAAAGAUCAAAGUUGACUGUAACUCCUGUGUAUGCAAGGACAGAAUGUGGGAAUGCACAAAUAAUCCAUGCCUGGGUACUUGUGCUGUUUAUGGAGAUGGACAUUAUAUCACCUUUGAUGACAACAGAUUCAGCUUCAAUGGAAACUGUGAAUACACACUUGUCCAGAACCACUGUGGGAAGAACAGCACAGUGAAUGGGACCUUCAGGGUUAUCACUGAAAAUAUUCCCUGUGGAAACACUGGGACAACCUGCUCAAAAUCUAUCAAAGUUUUCCUGGAGAGCUAUGAAUUGAUACUUGGUGAGGAGCAUGUCAGUGUGGUAAAGAGAGGACAAAAAGGUCAGGUGCCAUACACAGUCCGCUACAUGGGUAUGUACUUGGUAAUUGAGACCACCAGUGGAUUGAUCCUCAUGUGGGACAAGAAGACCAGCAUCUUCAUCAAGCUCAGCCCUGAUUUUAAGGGCCAGAUCUGUGGCCUCUGUGGAAAUUAUGAUGGCAAUGGCAUCAACGACUUUACUACGAGGAGCCAGUCUUUGGUAGAGAAUGUCCUAGAGUUUGCAAACAGCUGGAAAGUAUCCUCUACAUGUCCUGAUGCUGACUGCAUAAAGGACCCAUGUUUUGCCAACCCUUAUCGAAAGUCCUGGUCAGAGAAGCAGUGUAGCAUCAUCAACAGCAACGUCUUUGCUGCCUGUCACUCUCAGGUUGAACCAGGAAAAUAUUACCAAGCAUGUGUGACAGAUGCUUGUGCAUGUGACACUGGAGGAGACUGCGAUUGCUUCUGUACAGCGGUAGCUGCCUAUGCUCAAGCAUGUAGUGAAGUUGGUGUCUGCAUAGCCUGGAGAACCCCAUCAAUCUGUCCCCUUUUUUGUGAUUACUACAAUCAACAAGGGGAGUGUGAAUGGCACUAUAAGCCUUGUGGAGCUUCCUGUAUGAAGACUUGUAGGAACCCAAGUGGAAAAUGCCUUCAUAACUUGCCAGGUUUAGAAGGCUGCUACCCCAACUGCCCACCAGACAAGCCGUAUUUUCAUGAGGAUCAGAUGAAGUGUGUCAGUCUCUGUGACUGUUAUGAUAAUGAAGAUGGGAAAAUAUUUAGACGGGAUGAAUGUCAUUUAUGUGAAUGCACAUCGGAAGGUUUACACUGCAAGUUUGAUGAUAAAGCAUGUCACUGCAUUUAUGAAGGAAACAGCUAUAAAUAUAGUGAGCUGAUCUACAACACCACAGAUGGAACUGGAUGGAAUGAUAACGACAACACCAGUAACAACUGUAUGUGUGAAGAAAACAUGUGCAUGGUCAGAAUGGUAUGA